CAUUGUUUUGAAUUUGGGUUUUAGGUCUUGUUUUUCUUUCAUAGUUGUUUCUGGCUGCGAGUACAUACCCUCCUUGCCUAAAUAAGCUUUUCUAGUGAGCUAUGGAUGAAUGUGAAGAUGUGCCAAAAGAUUUUAUCAAGCUCAAGUCUGAAAAGCUCUCUGUAGAUGAAGUGUCAGAGCUGGUCAUUUCACCAUACUGUGGGGCAGUGUCUGUGUUCAUUGGUACUACAAGAAAUAAUUUUGAAGGAAAAAAAGUGAUUCACCUUGAAUAUGAAGCAUAUACUUCAAUGGCAGAGACUGAAAUAAAGAAAAUCUGCAGAGAUGUUAGACAGAAGUGGCCAUCAGUCAAACAUAUUGCAGUGCACCAUAGACUUGGUGUGGUUCCAAUAACUGAAGCAAGUGUAAUUAUCGCAGUUUCCUCUCCACACAGAGCAGAAUCCCUUGAAGCUGUAACGUACUGCAUCAAUACCUUAAAAGCAUCUGUCCCAAUAUGGAAAAAGGCUCAUCUCUGGAAGGCCCUUCCUUGCCUGUACCGUCCAGCUCCUCUUCCUUUUAACACCAUCCUGGGGUCAAAUCAAAGGAGCCCUGAGCUCUCCGCUUUUGAGUGGCAAAACUCAGUUCUGCACAGGCUUGUGGAAGAACUUUGAGUCAGCUUUGCUUUGGACAGCACUGCAGUUUGUAAGUAAAAGUGGCAUUUCUUGUCUUUCUGUUUUCCCCUCAUCCCCAUGGUCUUGAGAAAGCACAAAGCAUUAAGCAACAGGACACAAUGAAGGGAUGAGCAGAGGUCCCAAAGCUAGUAUAGGCACACAACAACGUGCAGAGAAGCCAGCUCAGGUCUAGAAAGAGCCUCAUUGCAUAACACAGUGUUGCAUGCAAGUAAUUAGCAUUACCUCUGCCUUCUCUCCCAGGCAGAACGUGGCAUGUGGUAACAGUGAUGUUCUCUGCAUUGCUCCACUUUUCUGACACCUCUUUGAGGAGACUGGAGUUUUGUGGUCUCAGAGAGAAUAACCGGGCUCAGAGCCCUGCUGAAUUUGCUGCUUGGGACUGGACUGCUGCUGGGUAGUCCAGUCUGUUCUGAAGAUCUAAUACUUACUGUAUUUUGAGUAUUGUUGUCAUUUUUAUGUUUUUAAAACUGACAUUUUGUAUGCACUUAAAUACUUUCUUAAAAAUGAUGGUACAGUAGUUAACAUGGCAACAUGUAAAAAGGGCAGUUUCAGGCACAAGGGCUGUGUACUCUACAGCUUUUACAUAAUUUC